GGCGCAUGGCGCCGGGCGCACGGCGCGGGGGCUGCGAACAAAGGGUCCCCGACGGCGCAGCGGGGACAGAGUCGCUCGGACCCUGGCUCUGGCCCAACUCCGUCCCGGCCCCCUCCCUGGGUGCGGCGUCUCCGCGGAGCCCGAAAAUGUGGGGCGCCCUGCUUGGGCCGCUGCUCAGGCUCCUGCUGCUUCUGUCGCCGAGGGACAGCGUGCACGCCGCCCCCCACCGGGCCCCGGGCUAUUUGAUCACGGCGCCCUCCGUCUUCCGCUCGGGGGUGGAGGAAGUCAUCAGCGUGACCAUCUUUAACUCCCCAAGGGAAGUCGUGGUCCAGGCUCAGCUGGUGGCCCAGGGCGAGGCAGUGGCGUGGAGCCAGGGAGCCAUCCUGGAUAAAGGGACAGUCAAACUCAAGGUGCCCACGGGCCUCCGGGGCCAGGCCCUCCUGAAGGUGUGGGGCCGAAGCCGGCAGGCAGAGGAGGGCCCCCUCUUCCACAACCAGACCUCCGUGACCGUGGAUGCCCGGGGAGCCUCCGUGUUCAUCCAGACCGACAAGCCAGUGUACAGGCCCCAGCACCGAGUGCUCAUCAGCGUCUUCACCGUCACCCCAGACCUGAGGCCCCUCAGUGAGAAGCUGGAAGCCUACAUCCUGGACCCCCGGGGCUCGAGGAUGAUGGAGUGGAGGCACGCGGAGCCCGUCUGCUGUGGCAUCACCAACAUGACGUUCCCCCUGUCCGACCAGCCGGUGCUGGGAGAAUGGCUCAUUUUUGUGGAAAUGCAAGGCCACGUGUACAACAAGUCCUUUGAAGUUCAGAAGUAUGCGCUGCCCAAGUUUGAGCUCCUUAUUGACCCACCCCGCUAUAUCCGGGAUGUGGACGCCUGCGAGACUGGCACCGUGCAGGCCAGGUAUACCUUUGGGAAGCCCGUCUCUGGGACCUUAACAAUCAACAUGACCGUGAAUGGCGUGGGAUACUACAGCCAGGAGGUGGGGUGCCCCGUCCUCAGAACCAUGAAGAUUCACGGCUCCCGGGACUUUAACAUCUGCGUGAGGGACAUGAUCCCAGCGGACAUCCCUGAGCACUUCCGGGGCACAGUCAGCAUCUGGGCCACGGUGACCACCCCGGAUGGGAGCCAGCAGGUGGCCUUUGACGAUUCCACCCCCGUCCAGAAGCAGCUGGUGGACAUCCGGUACUCCAAGGUCACCAGGAAGCAGUUCAAGCCGGGUCUGUCCUACGUGGGGAUGGUGGAGCUGUCCUACCCAGAUGGCAGCCCGGCCGAGGGGGUGACGGUCCAGAUCAGGGCGGAGCUGACCCCAAAGGACAACAUCUACACCACGGAAUCUGUAUCCCGGGGAGGGCUUGUGGGGUUUGAAAUCCCCUCCAUCCCCACAUCCGCCCAGCAUGUGUGGCUGGAGACCAAGGUGACGGCACUCAAUGGAAAGCCUGUGGGGACCCAGUACCUGCCCAGCUACCUCUCUCUCAGCAGCUGGUACUCCCCGAGCCAGUGCUACCUGCAGCUGCAGCCUCCCUCCCGCCCCCUGCAGGUCGGGGAAGAAGCCCGUUUUUCCGUGACGUCCACAUGUCCCUGCAAUUUCACCCUGCACUACGAGGUGGCUGCGCGGGGCAACAUCGUGCUCUCAGGCCAGCAGCCUGCCCACGUCACCCAGCAGAGAAGCAGGCGGGCAGCCCCGGAGAAACCGAUUCGCUUAACACACCUUUCGGAGACAGAGCCCCCUCCAGCCCCAGCAGCUGAGCUCAGUGUAUGCAUGACCUCUCUCCAACUGGCCGUGACCCCCAGCAUGGUCCCCCUCAGCCGCCUGCUGGUCUUCUAUGUCAGGGAGAAUGGAGAAGGGGUUGCGGACAGCCUCCAGUUCCCUGUGGAGACUUUUUUUGAAAACCAGGUUUCACUGACGUAUUCCGUGAACGAGACCCAGCCCGGGGAGGUUGUUGACGUGCGGGUCAAGGCCGCCAGGGGCAGCUGCGCGUGUGUCGCCGUGGUUGAUAAGAGCGUCUACCUGCUGAGGUCUGGUUUUCGGCUGACUCCCGCCCAGGUUUUCCAGGAAUUGGAAGAUUACGAUGUUUCUGAUGCCUUCAGGGUGUCGUGGGAGGACGGACCCCUCUGGUGGGCUGGGCUGGCCGCCCGCCGCCGCCGCCGCCGCCGCUCCUUCGUCUUCCCGUGGCUCGGGGGCGUCACCAAGGACUCCGGGUUUGCCUUCGCCGAAACAGGACUGGUGGUGAUGACUGACCUGGUGAGCCUGAACCACCGGCAGGAUGGUGGCCUGUACACCGACGAGGCUGUCCACACCUUCCAGCCCCACACCGGGAGCCUGAUGGCAGUGGCAUCCUCCAGGCAACCUCCCAGAGCAGAGAAGAGGAGAAGGACCUUCUUCCCGGAAACGUGGAUUUGGCGCUGUCUCAACAUCAGUGACCCGUCUGGCGAGGAGACGUUCAGCGUGCAGGUCCCCGACUCCAUCACCAGCUGGGUGGGCGAGGCGGUGGGUCUGUCCUCGGCGUGGGGCCUGGGGAUCGCCACGCCCUCCUUGCUGAAGACCUUCAAGCCCUUCUUUGUGGACUUCACGCUGCCCCCCCAGGUGGUCCGCGGGGAGCAGGUCAAGAUCCCGCUCAGCAUCUACAACUACCUGGGCACCUGCACGGAGGUGUAUGUGAAGAUCUCCGUUCCCAAGGGCGUCCGGUUUGUCGGGCAUCCCGGCAAACGUCAUCUGACCAAGAAGAUGUGCGUGGCCUCUGGGGAGACUGAGCCCAUCUGGGUGGUCCUGGCCUUCAGCGACCUGGGGCUCAGCAACAUCACAGCCAAAGUCCUGGCUUACGGAGAGACGAGCUGCUGCCGGGACGGGAAGCCCAGCAGACACGCAGAGGAGAGCUACGCCGACAGGAGGGUCCCCACCGGGCGGGACCACCUCAGGCGCAGCGUGAUGGUCGAGCCCGAAGGAGCGCCCCGCACGUACACCUACAGUGCUUUCUUCUGUCCCAACGAGAGAGUCCAUAUCUCCACGCCCAACAAGUACGAGUUCCAGUACGUGCAGCGGCCACAGCGCCUCACUCGUUUCGACCUGGCCGUGCGAGCCCACAACGACGCCCGCGUGGCCUUGUCCCCCGGGCCCCAGGACGCCGCGGGGAUGAUCGAGAUCGUCCUGGGGGGGCACCAGAACACCCGGUCCUGGAUCUCCACCAGCAAGAUGGGCGAGCCCGUGGCCAGCACACACACGGCCCAGAUCCUCUCCUGGGAUGAGUUCCGAACAUUUUGGAUCAGCUGGCACGGCGGGCUCAUCCAGGUUGGCUAUGGUCCAGAGCCAUCCAACGAGUCUGCCAUCAUGACCUGGACCCUCCCCAAGGCACCAGAGGUCAAGUUCAUUGGCUUCUCCACGGGCUGGGGCUCCAUGGGCGAGUUCCGCAUCUGGAGGAAGAUGGAGGUGGAUGAGAGCUACAGCGAGGCCUUCACCCUGGGGGUCCCACACAGCGCCAUCCCCGGCUCGGAGCGGGCGGCCGCUUCCCUCAUAGGAGACGUCAUGGGGCCCACCCUGAACCACCUCAGCAGCCUCCUGCGGCUGCCCUUUGGCUGUGGAGAGCAAAACAUGAUCCACUUUGCGCCCAACGUCUUUGUCCUGAAGUAUCUUCAGAAAACGCGGCAGCUCAGCCCCGAAGUGGAGAGGGAAACCACUGAUUACCUGGUUCAAGGCUACCAGCGGCAGCUGACCUAUAGACACCGGGAUGGCUCCUACAGUGCUUUCGGGGAGCGGGACGCCUCAGGAAGCAUGUGGCUCACGGCCUUUGUCCUGAAGUCCUUUGCCCAGGCGCGGAGCUUCGUCUUCAUUGAUCCCCGGGAGCUGGCGGCCGCCAAGGGCUGGAUCGUGCGGCGGCAGCAGGUGGACGGCUCCUUCCCAGCCACAGGCAGGAUCCUGAACAAGGACAUCCAGGGCGGGAUCCACGGCUCAGUUCCGCUGACGGCCUAUGUGGUGGCUGCGCUUCUGGAGACGGAUGUGGCCUCGGAGGAGGAGAGGGGUGCCAUUGCCAGAGCGCAGCGCUUCCUGGAGUCCAGCGUAGCCCUGGCCUCAGACCCCUACACCAGCGCCCUGACUGCCUACGCGCUGACCCUGCUCCGCAGCCCGGCAGCCCCCGUGGCCCUGCGGAGGCUCCGCAGCCUGGCCAUCACGCAGGACGGGGUCACCCACUGGAGCCUGACGGGUUCCCAGGACGGGGGCAAGGACACCUUCCUGAGCUUCAGCGACGGGGUCUCCCAGGCAGUGGUCUCAGCGGAGGUGGAAAUGACGGCCUACGCCCUGCUGACCUACACCCUCCUGGGCGACGUGGCCACCGCCCUGCCCGUGGUGAAGUGGCUGUCCCAGCAGCGGAACGCCCUGGGGGGCUUCUCCUCCACUCAGGACACCUGUGUGGCUCUGCAGGCCUUGGCCGAGUACGCCAUCCUGUCCUACGCUGGCAGCGUCAACCUCACCAUCUCACUGGCCUCCACCAACCUGGACUACCAGGAGACCUUCGAGCUGCGCAGGGCCAACCAGAAGGUUCUGCAGACAGCAGUGAUCCCCAGCCUCCCCACCGGGCUGUUUGUGAGUGCCAAGGGCGAAGGCUGCUGCCUGAUGCAGAUUGAUGUCACCUACAAUGUGCCAGACCCGGUGGCCAAGCCGUCCUUCCAGCUGUUCGUGAGUGUCCAGGAGCCCGAGGCUGAGCGGCCCCGGCACUCAGCGCCAGCACCCUCCGCCGAUGAUGACGACCCAGCAGCCGACCUGCAUCACCAGGAGUACCAGGUGACCCUGGAGGUGUGCACCAGGUGGCUGCAUGCAGGGUCCUCCAACAUGGCUGUCCUGGAGGUGCCCUUGCUGUCGGGCUUGCGGGCGGACGUGGGGAGCCUGGAGCAGCUGCUCCUUGGCCAGCAUGUGGCCCUGAAGAGGUACGAGGUGGCCGGACGCAGAGUUCUCUUCUACUUUGAUGAGAUCCCCAGCCAGUGCCUGACUUGCGUGCGGUUCCGGGCGCUCCGCGAGCACGUGGUGGGCAGGACGUCCGCGCUGCCCGUCUCCGUGUACGACUACUACGAGCCCGCCUUUGAGGCCACGCGCUUCUACAACGUCAGCGCGCACAGCCCGCUGGCCCAGGAGCUGUGCGCGGGGCCCGCGUGCAACGAGGUGGAGCGCUCCGCGGCCCAGGGCCCUGGCUGGUCUCCUGGCGAGCGGGGCCCCGCGGCUGACCCGAAGGAGGAGGCGACCAUCGCGCGCUGCGACUGCACCCGAGACUGUGGCGCCCGCGGGGACCCGGUGUGCGGCUCCGACGGCGUGGUCUACCCCAGUGCCUGCCGCCUGCAGGAGGCCGCUUGCCGCAGGGGCCUGAGGUUGGAGCCCGCGCCGCCCGGCCGCUGCUCCCUUGAGCAGCCGAUGCCAGCCUCCGCUUACAACUACAACGAUGACCCGGUCCCCCUGGACUCUGGGCCCCUGUCCGUCAGCCAUGAGGCCAUGGACUUGGAGGGGGAGGCGGAGGACAGUCAGAGCGGCUUCUCUUCCUAAUGCUCAGAGCAGGACCGGAUCUGGCUGCUUCCUGUUCCUGUCCGCCCGCGGGAAGGAGGCCACUGGCUGCAGAGCUCCCUGGAUGGCCUGGUGGCUGGUGGACCGGCCCAGGUGGCCCCACCUCCAAAUGAACCCUCUAAUCCCAACCGCAGAGACCUGACUGCCCCACGGAUGAUGGCCUCCUGGGGGGCCGGCCCCCACCCCCACCGGAGGGAGGGCCUUGGGCGGUGGCUGGAGGCCCGUCGGCCCCCAACGCCACAGCUGCAGCUGGAGCUCCGGGCACCCAGCCUCCAUCCCAGGGCUGACGCCCCCUUUCUGCGGACCAGAGCAGCUCCCUCAGCUGGACAUUCUGCUCCAGGGAGGAGGGCUGUUUCCGGGAAGAAUUCAUGGCCUAAGGGCUGUUUCCGAGAAGACAGAACUCUGGGUAAAUCAAGGACGCAUCCGUGCUCUCACUGGCGUCUUCGAAAUGAACAGGCUGCCUUCCUCCAAAAUGCAAAGCCUGGCCUCCCUUUGGGGAACCCGGGCCCCGAGCACCGCUCCAGACCCAGGCUGUACCGGGAUGGUCGCAGCCCCGACACACUCCGCCCAGUCUUGCCCCAGGGGUGCCUGAUGUUUAGUCUUGGGCAGAUGCACUUAGAUCUUACUGCUGUCAAGGCCUCACCCCUGACCCCCACGUCCCCUGGCACCCCACCUGGAGGACCAUCUCCCUCCACAGCCCCAGGGAGGGGGUGCCCAGCUCCACGACCCGCUGAAGCUGCAAGCUCAGACCUUCCUGCCAGGACUCCAGCUGGGCUCUGAUUCCUUCCUGUAACCCUCUCCCACCUGCCUGCCUCCCCACCCCCACCCCCACGUGGUAUUUAUUUCAGACCAACCCUCAGAGCGGCACAGAGCCCCUCCGGGGGCCGAGGUGGCUGCCCGCCCUGAGGCCUCUGUGGUGCAGCACCAGCAGUGUCCCAUGCCCCUGCCCGCCCCGUUCCCCCCAUCCACAAGGGACAAUUCACUGGACGAGGCCGUGUUUCACUCA